AUGGCCACUCCAAGAUUUCUCGCCGUCAUCCUCGUCGCGGCUCUCCUCGCGCUUUCCUUCUCGCAAGGGGCGGCGGUGGUGGUGGAGGGCAGGAAGGUGCAGGUGAUGAGGGCGGUGGGGCGGUGGCGCUCGCCCCUCCGCGGCGUCCGGUUGCAGGAGCAGCAGGAGGGCGGCGGGAUGGUGUCGACGGUGAUGGACUACUCGGAACCCAAGGCCAACACCAACCCCCGCGGCAGCGUGCCCGCCGCGCCGGAGGACCCCACCUCGCCGCCGUGGCACUGA